AUGCGUUGUCUCUCUAACCUGGCGCUGCUGCCCAGCAGCACACGAGCACGUUGUGCCUGGCUGCUGCUGCUACUCUCAAAUCCAGCGGCUGUUGUUGCAAAGUGUGCUUCCGAUUACUUCGUCCGCUCUCUUCCAGGCCAGCCGGAAGGACCCUUGCUGAAGAUGCAUGCUGGGCAUAUUGAGAUCGACCCUGAGCACAAAGGAAACCUAUUCUUUUGGCACUAUCAAAACCGUCAUAUAGCAAACCGCCAGAGAACCGUAAUAUGGCUAAAUGGAGGCCCUGGAUGCAGCUCCAUGGAUGGUGCCUUGAUGGAAAUUGGCCCUUACAGACUCAAGGACGACCAUACUCUAACUUAUAACAACGGAUCAUGGGAUGAAUUUGCAAAUCUUUUGUUUGUGGACCAGCCAGUAGGGACCGGGUUCAGUUACGUCACCAACGACAAACUUUCCGCCAAAGAUACUGCUUGGAAUGUUCAAGGUCUUCUGAUCGGAAACGGCUGGAUUUCACCACUUGAACAAUACCGUUCCUAUCUACCAUUUUCGUAUAAGGAAGGCGUCCUGGAAAAGUCAUCUGAUGGAGCCCGGGCUGCAGAAGUUCAGUUAUCCCAGUGCAUGUCUAAGCUCAAAGACGUAGGCAAAUUCGGGGUCCACGUCGACGAGUGCGAGCGAAUCCUGGAAUUGAUUCUAGACACAACGAAGGCAGACGGGAAAUGCCUUAACAUGUAUGAUAUCAGGCUCAAAGACACCGAUGACUCCUGUGGCAUGAAUUGGCCUCCGGAUAUCUCUUCCGUUACCUCAUACCUUCGCCGCGCGGACGUUGUGAAGGCUUUGAAUAUCAACGAGGACAAGACCUCAGGCUGGCGCGAGUGUUCGCCCGGCGUAGGGAGAAAUCUGAAGGCUGCAGAAUCAGUGCCGUCCAUCCAGCUUCUGCCUGGUCUACUCGAGCGGGGAAUACCGAUAAUACUAUUCAGUGGUGACAAAGACCUGAUUUGUAACCACAUAGGAGCGCCAACGUCGGUCGGUGCCCAUCCAAACAGCACCACUGCCGAGGAAAAAGAGAAGGAGAAGAUCAAAAUUGCUGCUUGGGAAGCUUAUUAUAAGUCUGGCGAAGUCGCUCUAGUGGUGGUUGCUAUUGCGGCGUCUCUAUGGGGAGUUUUUAUUUGGCGAUCCAAACGACGGGAGAAUGGAUUGGAAUACAAGGGUAUCUACCCUAAUCUUGAGAGUUUCAGCUCCGCUAGCCUUGCAACUUUUAGGGGGAAGCGCCGUGGAAGAAUGGACGUUGAGUCUGCUCCUCGAUCAGAUGAAGCUGAACUGGAAACUUUAUAUAGCGCCGCAGAAGGUUCAGAGCCACAUGAUGGCGGCGAGGAAUGUUUGUCCGGGAGCAAAGGCAGUAACGAGAAGACGCGCGGCCACAUGUAG